GCCGGGCCGGAGUUGCGUUGCCGCCGCCCCCGGGCGCCUUCACCGCCGGGCCCGGAGCGGUGUCACCGCCAGCUGCUGGGCACCCCCGGGGCAGCGCUGACACCACUCUGCAGUCUGCCCUUGCUGAGAACGUAGGAAGGGAGGCCAGUCUCAGAGGUAGAGAGGAUUUCCUGGGAAGUUCUGCAGUCCUGGCUAUCUGUGUCCAUCACUGUCACCAUCUCUCAGCCACUCUCCUGUCUGAUGCUUGUCCUUCAAGAGCAGGUUCCCCUCAGAACCCCAAAGGAAUUAAUCUGUACUUCCACUCAAUCAACUGAGAGUUUUCACUUGUUUUCAACGAUGCUGGGAAGUGACAACAAUCACUGGAUGACAUCUAAGGAUGCUUCAGGUGAAGCUAAUAGUAACUGGAGAUGACUUCGGCUAUUGUCCUCGGAGAAACCAAGGCAUUGUGGACUGUUUCCUGGCUGGUGCGAUAUCUAACGUGUCCCUUCUAGUCAACGGAAGUGCUGCAGCAGAUGCAGCCAAGCUGGCAAGGAGAUACAACAUCCCAAUAGGCCUGCAUGCCAACCUCUCCGAGGGCUCCCCUGUAUGUGAGGUGCUCAAGACAAAGUCUUCUCUGCUCAACCAAGAUGGAUUUUUCCAUGGAAAAAUGGGAUUCAGAACAGCUCUGUCAAAAGGUCUCCUGAAUAUGUCAGAGGUGAAGCAGGAGCUAAAGGCCCAGGUGGAGCUGUUCCAUGAGCUGACAGGUCACCUACCUCCUCACAUGGAUGGGCACCAGCAUGUCCAUGUUCUCCCAGAGGUCAGGCAUGUAUUUGCAGAGGUGUUAGAGGAAUAUGGGAUUAAGUACACACGUGUCCCAAUAGAGCCAGGCCUUCAUAAAUGUGACUGGAUUCCACCAUCCCUGAUGGACUUCUACCUGGGAGUAGAGGAAGAUUCUUUUAACACAGUGGAUGUGUUUACAAAGCAUGGAAUAAGGUGGCCAGACAUUUACAUAGGCCUGAGCACCAUGGGCAGGAACAUGUCUGUCAGCAGCAUCCGGAGCGCCAUCGACAGCGCCGUCCUGCAGCUCACGGCCAAGGCACCGCAGAGCAGCACAGUGACCAUCGAGCUGAUGGUGCACCCAGGGUACCCCAGUGUCCCCCCCGCCGGCGGCUGUGGGCAAGGACCAGAUGAUUUCUCACAGUCCUGGGAACGCCUCCAUGAACUCCAGACAUUAAUUAAGCCGGAGCUGCAGAGCCAUUACAAAAGCAGGAACAUUCAGCUGUGUUCAUUCAAAGAUCUUUAAAUAAAUGAGCAGGCAGACAUCCAUCCAUCCAUCCAUCCAUCCAUCCAUCCAUCCAUCCAUCCAUCCAUCCAUCCAUCCAUCCUCUGAAGACAGGCAGUUGCAAGUGUCCAGAGAAGCCACAUCACUGUUCUCAGGGUCACAGGCCCUGGUCCAGCUCACAGGAGCUGUGAAUGGCCUGGGAAUGGACACCAUCACCCUGUGAGCAGUGCCCCAGAGCCCCAGCUGCAGGUUUAAGACCACAAUGUCUGCUCAAAAUGUGCCAAACUCCUUCUGUGACACGCCCUCCACAGCGCCCCAGUGCAGCACACGCUCCCAGGAUGCAGCUCCAGCAAAGGAGCAGCACGAGGACAGACUUGGCUGUGAGACACUGCAGCACAGCACCCUGAGGAGUCUGAUCAUUUCCCCUUCAGACUUGAUGGCAAAACAAGAACUGUGCUGGGGAGCAGGUGCUGCUUUGGAGCAGCCACUCAAUGUCGGUCACCCACUGGAUACCUGCAGCACUUGGUUCUCUGAAAGCAGCCAGUCCCUGCCCCUCCACUCGUACCUGUACACCCAUGGUGAGGGGUGCAGGGACAUUUCACCCUCAGAGCCUUCCUCUGCUUAGAGCAGUCAGGUCACACACGGCCCAGUGGGGUCUGCAGCCACCUGGGAGCCAUCUCAGCUGGCAGGAAUUGUGUUUCUGCCUGUUUACGUUGCCUCUUGGCAUUAAGCCCCCCCUAGGAAAGUAACAUCAGCCACAGCCCUUUUGGAGAGGCUUCUUAUUUUUGGGAUGACUUUGCAGGAGCAGCAACUGUUGACCCAUCUGCUAUUUUAGUAACUGCUGUGUAUGAGAGCAGCAGCAACUGGUCCUGCACCACCCACUGCCCCUCAGGACAACCAUGAGCUGUACCAGCCACAAGCAUGCUGCGAGUGGAGAAGGUCCUUGUAUUUGUCACUUUCAUUCCUGUCACCAGAACAUUUGAACUCCAACAGCCCCAGUAGCACUGCAGCUCUGUCAUUCCUGUAAGGACUUUCACAUGGGGAAAAAAUAUUUUAGAUUGUUUGUGCUCAUUCUCUGCACAGGAGUGAUUCUAGUUAACAUAAUUGGUUUUGUUAACCAUGUUUUUUAAUAUUAAAAAAAUAUCAGUAUGGUCAUCAUUCUUUUAAAUGAAAAAUAAACUCAGGCCUUUUCUAUUGCAAAUCUUCA